GUCGUCUCACUCAGCCCAGCCCGCAACGGCAUCGCACCUCAGACAUCCCAUCAUCCUCAUCCCCUCUCCAACCUCGACACCCGACAACAUCUUUGUGCGCUCGUCGCAUUCUUUCUUGUGUCUGUAUCUGCCCCCCCUUUGACUCUUUCUGGCUUCAGUCGCUGGCUUGGCUUGCUUGGCUUGAGCCGCUGAAAUAGCGCACUCGCCGCGGCCUUUGCUUCGCCUCUCUCUCUCUCCACGCUUCAUCGCUUCGUAACCUCGUUCGUCGAUUCACGUUGCACGCAAAGCAUGGCACCAACAAGUCAGCCUGCCAAUAUGGCAGGUGGCGAUGAGCAGCAGCAUCAUCGCAAUGGCACGCCAUCCGCACUUUCAAUACAGGGGCCAGCUUCCUCACCUGCCAGCAACGGCGCCGCCAUCGCAUCCUCAUCGUCUUCAUCCCGCCCUGCCUCGAAUGGCAUGAAGAUAACACUCAAACGCAAGAAGCCGCCGCCGAGUGCCACUUCACAUCCGACGACGGCAACUUCCUUCUCCAACGGCGAUGCCAACAUGAGUGCCGUCUCCUCGUCAUCGAAUGGCGCCACGCCACCUCGACGAGCUCGCAAGUCGAUGUCCUAUCGCGAGACGAGCGACGAUGAGCGGGAUGCAGAUGUCGUCGAUGCCGCGAUGUCCUCUGCUCGGUCUGGUAGCAACAGACUAGGCUCUCCUUCUGCUGGGCCAUCGCCGUCUUCUGCUCCUCUCCGCACUACCAGCGCCAUCGCGGGCGUGGGCGGGGCCAAUUCUGGGCCGCCGUCGACUUGGAGCGCGCGGGCGGACCAAGCGUCGCCGUCGGCUGCACUCAGCAGCGGGAUCGGCGGCGGCGCAUCUCAGCAGCAGCAGCAGCAGCAGCAGCAGCGAGCUCAGACCUCGACGUCGAACACGACACCAAAUUACACCUCAACCACCAACACAGCGCAUCAACAGCAACACGACCUUCACCCAAAGUCGAGCACACCGAGCAAGGCUGCUGCGGGAGCCAUGGAUGGCUCAGCGAGCCGCGAUGUCAACGCUGCAUUCGGCCACGCUCUGUCGCCUUCGUCAAGUCGAGAUGCGCUAGCGGCUGUCGUGGCGGCGGCUGCUUCGACCAAGGCCAACGGCAAUGCUGAUGGCGCCAGCGCUCCUAAUGGCUUCGAGGCUGUGCUCACACCAAACAAUGGAGUCGGUAGCGGCAACCAAGCAUCAGGCCGCGAGUCAACUAGCGCUAUGACCAGCAUCAGCGGCACGCCCCGCACAUCGACGCCAUCCACUCCAGCCGCAGGGCCAAGCGCCACCAGCGCUCCUACCGCUGGCCCGUCACGCCUCGCACCCGUCAAACUUCGCAAGAUCGAGCCCACCUUUAUCACAUCCCGCUCUUUUGCGCCACUCAGCAACUCUGAGCAAGACAAGAAUGACGCCAUCGCUCAACCUGCCAAGGAGGGCGGCAUGAAGAGGAUGGGGCCUAAUGCGCCCAAAGAUGAGAGCUCGACCCCAUCAUCGUCGUACCAAGGUUCUUCGCAGAAUGGCAUGCCUCUCAACGGUAUCCCCACUCCAGCUCAGCAUCCAGCUCGGCGAGCUCAACAACUUCUUUCCACAGCGCCCUUGCCCUUUCAAACUGCCAAGGACGACCCUUUACCCUCCAAGCCCAUCGUGCCGACGUACGUGAGCUCUCCUCGCCAUCCUCCUUGCCGUUCCAAGGCCCGCCUCUUUGAGUUGGAAGACUGCCCGGUCUUCUAUCCCACUUGGGAGGAAUUUGCUGAGCCUAUGAAGUACAUUGAUCACAUCUCUUCGCCCGAGGGAGGCAACGGCAAAGCCUACGGAAUUGUCAAGGUUGUGCCUCCCGAGGGCUGGCACUCGGACUUCGUCCUCGAUCAAGAACGGUUCCGCUUCAGGACCAGAGUACAGCAGCUCAAUUCACUCAGCGCCGAUGCUCGUGCUACACUCAAUUAUCAGGAGCAGCUGCAAAAGUUCCAUUCGCAGCAGGGAAAGGCUCGCGUCUCGAUUCCCGUCAUCGACCGUCGUCCUGUCAAUCUGUACCAGCUCAAGCUCCUCGUCAAGGAGCAUGGCGGGCAUGAGCUCAUCAACCGCACGCGCAGGUGGGCCGACUUGUCUCGCGCUUUGGGCUACCAAGAUCCCAUUGCAGCGCAGGUCGCAGGGCAGAUCAAGGCAGCGUACAUGAAGAUCGUCCACCCCUUCGAGCAGUUCCUCAUCAAGGCGCGCGAGCAUGCAUCGGGCUCGUCAACCUCCGCCGCCCGUCGAUCGACGGCUACUCCAGAUGUCGGUGCCACAACGGGCAGCAAGAAGCCUGCGACUCAGUGGGGUCAAGAGAUGCUCGCCGCGGGCUCGAGUCUCGAAGAGGUGUUGCAGGCUGAAGCAGAGGCCAUCACCAGCUCAACUCGCCGCAGCAAUAGGCGACGAACGGAAGCAUCGUCGUCCAGGCAGGAGACCACGACGAACAGGCGGAGGACGGCUCACGACUCGUCAAACGGCCCCAAGGUUGUGACGGCCGAUGGCGCCGAGGAGCAGAUGUGCGAGAUCUGCCUGCGCGGCGACGACGGCAUCUCGAUGCUCCUCUGUGACGACUGCAACCGCGGCUACCACAUGUACUGCCUCGAUCCUCCUCUGACCACCGUGCCCAAGUCGCAAUGGUUCUGCCCACCGUGCCUCGUCGGCACAGGCAACGAUUACGGCUUCGACGAUGGCGAGACACACAGCCUUGACAGCUUCUUCCAGCGGGCCGACUCGUUCCGCCGUCAUUGGUUCAAGGAGAAGGCAGAGAGGGAGGAGAAGGCUGCUCUUCAGCUGGGCGGAUCUGAGGAGCCCAAGCCGGAGGUCCUCACAUCGCCUGCGAAUGGCGUUGUCAGGCCUGUCCCUGGCACCCCACUUCAAGUCCCAGAAGACCAAGUUGAGCGAGAAUUCUGGAGACUGGUGCACAGCCCGAGUGAUACGGUCGAGAUCGAGUACGGCGCCGACGUCCACUCGACGACGCACGGGAGCGCAAUGCCUACCCUUGAAACGCACCCUCUUAGUGCCUAUUCUCGUGACGGCUGGAACCUCAACAAUCUGCCAAUUCUGCCUCAGUCGCUUCUCCGAUACAUCAAGUCGGACAUCUCAGGAAUGACGGUGCCGUGGAUCUACGUAGGCAUGAUGUUCUCGACCUUCUGCUGGCACAAUGAGGAUCACUACACCUACUCGAUCAACUACCAGCACUUCGGCGACACCAAGACAUGGUACGGCAUUCCUGGCGGUGAUGCAGAGAAGUUCGAAGACGCAAUGCGCAAGGCGGCGCCCGACCUCUUCGAGACAUCGCCUGACCUCUUGUUCCAGCUAGUCACGAUGAUGAGCCCCGACAAGCUCAAGAAGGAGGGCGUUCGCGUCUACUCGUGCGACCAGCGCGCCAACGAAUUCGUCAUCACCUAUCCGAAGGCGUACCACUCAGGCUUCAACCACGGCUUCAACCUCAACGAGGCCGUUAACUUUGCGCUGCCUGACUGGAUCGACCUCGACCUCGAGUGUAUCCAGCGCUACCAGAAGUUCAACAAAGCACCUGUCUUCUCGCACGAUGAGCUCGUCAUCACUGCAUCUCAGCAUAGCACCUCGAUCGACACGGCCAGCUGGCUGCAACAUCCGUACAAGGAGAUGGUCACCCGCGAGCUGGCGGCACGGAAUGACAUUCGCGAUGACGUGCCGGGUGUCAACGAGGAGAUCGAUGAUCAAGAUCGACCAGAGAGCGAGUAUCAAUGCGCCCACUGCAACUGCUUCUGCUACCUCUCGCAGAUCACCUCGCCCAAGGCUACCGGCGUCGCCUGCCUCGAGCACGCUUUCAAGGUCUGCGGAGCGGACAGCCCCACCAAUUGGACCCUGCGCCUGCGCUACUCGGACGAGCACCUCCAGACGUCCCUGCAGAAGAUUGUCGAUCGAGCUGAGCUGCCAGUCCAGUGGAAGCAGCGAUUCAUGAAGCUCCUCACCACCAAUCGCCGUCCGGCGCUUCGCAACCUGCGCACCCUACUUCAAGAGGGCGAGAAGAUUGCCGACCAGCUUCCCGAAAUCGAGCAGCUGCGCGAAUUUGUCGAUAAAGCCAACGACUGGUGUCAGCAAGCAGCCAAGCUGAUGCCCAAGCGUCACGGUGCUCGACCCAACAAGGGCGCCAACUUUGACAGCCCAACUGGCCGGGAGGAGAGCGUAGCCGAUGGUCGCGAGGCGCAAGCAGUGCGCAUGCGCAGUCGUCGAGCCGUCUACGCUCUGUUGGAGGAAGUCGAGAAGCUGCCGUUUGAUGCUCCUGAAAUCGCAAGCCUACGCGAGGCGGUCGUCGCGAUCGAAGACGUGGACAAGAUGUGCGCCAGCAUCCUCGAACGCUUCUCUCUCGGUGAAGACGUCUCCUUCUCUGAAUGCGAGGAGACGCUCGCAAUGGGUGCGGGCUUCAAUGUCGAGAUCCCACAGCACGUCAAGCUGCAGCGACACGUCGCUGGACGCAAGUGGCUGGCGGAGAUGGACGAGAUCUAUGAGAACCACAUCAAUCUCACUGAAGUCAGAGAGCUGCUCACCGAGUUUAAGGAGACGGACAUACCCAAGACGCACCACCACUACCUGGACCUCAAACAGCGACUCGUUGACGGGAAGCAGUGGGCCAACACGGCGACGAAGCUGCUGCAAGAUGGCGCGCCCAAGACGUUCGAGGAGAUCGACCGCCUCACAUCUACACCGAACCGUGUGCCUGUCGUGCCAGACCAGCACAUCAAGCUCGAGAAGCUUCUCAAUAGCGGCCGAACGUGGGAGAGAUCGGUGCGCUCGAUCAUGGAGCGUACGACGGCUGGGCAUGCAGAUCAGGAAAUGACGCUGGAAGCACGCAAGGUCAUCGAAGCUAUUCAGCGCUCAAACCUAGUGAUCCCUAUGACCAAGGAGCUGACUGCUUCGCUCAACGAUCUGGACGAAUGGCGCGAGCAAGUCAUCAGCCCAAUCGUCACCGUCAUCGAGGGUGCACCUGCCUCGACCUUGACGCCAGCUGCCGUCGCCAAAGCGGUCGAAGUCUUCUGCCAGCGCGUGGCACGCUGCACGGACCAGUCUGACGAUGUCGCUCUGCCUACGCUGAAGAUCACACGCGACCGCGAAAAGGAGAAGUUCAAGAUGAGGGAGCGGGCCAAGGAGCUCGGCAUGGAUGGACCCGGUGACGAUCCCACAACGGCGAUGGAUCUCGACGAUGAUGAUGGCGUCGAGAUGCCGCGCCAGUGCAUCGACCGAGUUCCGUUCGAGGACGUCUCUGGCUCGCAGCUCAAGUGCAAACACUGCCUCACCACCUAUCACGUCGCCUGCUUGAAGGGCACUACGCUGCCGCAAGGCAUCAACAGUUCAGGCGGUACGUCCAGGUCGCGCGGUCGACAAUCCGCCUCCGCGUCCAACGCUCCCUUGCUGCCCGACUGGUCGUGCCCCUUCUGCAACCCGGCCGAGCUGCAAGCCCUCAUCAACAAGCAUCGCGGCGUGGACCUCGAGCUCGUUGAGCAAGCCAUGGCCGACGCAAAGUUUGUGCCUGCGAGGAUGCGCUUCAAGCCCAAGGAGUGGGACCAGCUUCGAGACGCUGGCAGCAAGGCGUAUCGACUGCGCAUGUUCGCCAAUGACAUUCUCAAUGGCCCAACUCCUGCUGCCAAGCCUCGUUACGCAGCAAAGUACCAGCAUCUUCUCAUGCGCUUACUCGGCUGCCCCUUCAAGAUCAACGUCACCACGUCUGGCUCUCCCAUGCAGGGAACACGCUCGGCCAUCGAGGCGUGCAAGCAGAUCAUCAUGUACUGCUACGGUCUCGCCGAAUUGCCUGACCCUUCCGUCGACGAUACUCAAGGUGUACGUGAUUCUGCAGGCCCAUCUGGCAGCAAGAGCGGCACAGGUGCGGCAUCUCCAUCUGCGGCGCAGGCGGCAGCCAAUGCUGCGGACCUCAAGCGCAAGCGCGGCAAGCGUGCCAAGCUCGUCUUCCGCGAGGAGGUGGGUAUCUGGGUCCCACUCAAUGGCGAGCGCAUCUACUGCCUCUGUCACAAGAAGGAGACCGGCAACAUGAUCUCGUGCGACCGUUGCAUGCUCUGGUUCCACAAUUCUUGCGUCCACAUCAACGACCCGAAGGAUCUCGGCGAUCAGAAGUGGCAUUGCCCCAUGUGCUGCGUCAAGACGGAGCGCAAGUAUCCUCACGCUGAGGUCAAAGUCAAGGACAUCGGUGUCACGCAAGCGGACAUGUGGCUCGACAUCCGAUCGUCCCUGCGUUCUAACUACCGCCCUAUCAGCAAGAAGCAGCACUGGUCUGUGCCAGAGGAGAAGCGCAUCAUUCUCCACCUUGAGAGCUUUUACCCCGCCAUCGCGGCGGACAACAGCGGGCUCCCAGAAUCGGCCAAGCGACAGAAGAAAGACGCAGCCAACACGAGCGUCUUCGCCGAUGAUAGCACCUCAUCCGUCGUCGCUACGCCCAGCGCGGCUGUGGCCAGGGCUGCCCAAGUCAGGCAGAGCGACGAUCCCAUCAUCAUCAGCUCCGACGAUGAGCGUGAUCCUGCUCCUACUGCCGCCUCACCAAAUGUCUCAACCUCGGCAGCCGGCGCAGCCGCCAAGGGCAGAUCCACAGCCGCUUCGCCCAAGGGAGCUGCCCCAUCAGCCAGUCGUGCCCGUCAAGCUGCGGCCGCUCAAGCAGAAGAGGAGCGCAAGAAGGCUGCCGAGGAGCGUCACCGCAUCGGCAUGGCUAACCUGUACUCUCGGGGCGUGACCGACGCGAUGAUCCAGAAGUGGUACGUAGGGUGGAACGGCCGCACUCUCGUCUACCCGCGCUACGAUUCCUCUGGACGCUUCAUAGAGCUCGACUUGGGGCCGCGAAUCGAGCUGGCUGCCGAUGACCCGGAUGGGAGCAGGUUGAUCGAGAGCUUCUUGGAGAGGGAGAAGAGGGACAGUGAGCAGAGGGAGAUGAGGGAUAGGGCCGAGUUUGAUGCGAGGCAGGGGAGGGGACAGCACCACCAUGCUCAUCCUCCACACGCCCAUCACCACGCGCACGGUGCCGCUCAUGUGAAUGGGCAGCCGCACGCUGAUCAUCGGCACCAUCACCAUCACCACCAUCAUCAUCACCAUCAUCACCCUCACCAGUCGCCGCAAUACGCUCAAGCUGGCUCUGCUUGGGGCUCGCCGCCCAGUGCAGGUCAUCGGCCUUUGCCCGAUCGAGACGGAUGGAUUGCUGGCAGCACACCUCCCGGACAGUCUGGCGUCAGACCCUCUUAUGCGCAGCAGCCUCCUGCAGCCGCCCACCUCCGAAGCCAGCAGGCUACGGUCAGCCAUCCUCGCCACAGCACCGGAAGCAAUGUCAAUCGCACCACAGGUCUGGACCCAGUCUCUCCUAUCGACCCGCGCGUCCACCUCGGCGCUGGCGCAGGCGCCGGCGCUCAUCGUCCACACCCUCACGCUUCGAGCUACAACUUCGGCCCAACCCAGCACGGCUGGCAUGCCCCGCACCCAGCGUACAGUGCCACACCCGCCUCGUUCGCCACCUCGAACCACAUCGCAGCCGCCAAAGCGGCGGCGGCCGCAAAUAGCUCGGGCUCUGCCUCUCGACGGGUACGCCGCCUCUCCGACGGGGCUCUGCAUGAGCGUCCCAACCAUUCGCCGUACCGUAUGCCGUCGAACAGGCCGCUCGUUCCCCUGCCAGCGAAUCUGGCAAGGCUGCACGACCACAAUCGCGAUGCGGAUGCGAGGUCACCGGGGCCCUCUACGCCAGGAGCUUCCUCCUUCGCCGGAUCCAUUGCCACGCCGGGGCAGAGCCCAAGACCAUUGCCUGGUGGGGCACCUCUGCCGCACGCCCAGGCGGUUGGGUCGCCUGCUGCAAGGGUCGUAAGUGAGGCGGCGCGCAUUGCAGCAACGAGCAGGGCCGCUGGUAGCGCUGGUGCAAAGGCUUCCGCGCUUAUUCCGACCCCACCCUCAUCCACGGUCGCUCUGCCGCCUCAAGCUGGUCGAAAUUUGCCGUCGAGUGCUAUGCUGCCUCCUCCUAGCCAUGGAUCCGCCACAACUGCGCCCCCUGGUGCGGCCGACAAGCACUAGAGUUGUCAAUCUCAUCCCAGCCCUAGCGCGACGAUACACGACUCGUCCCGUCUCUUCAUCUCCCUCCCCUGUGUCUCUCAGCCAGUACGAAUCGAUUGGUGACUUGAUUUGAUUAAAUAAGAUAGGACUUGACAUGACU